UCCCCCCCAGCUCGCUCUCCGUCAGCCCGGCUCCCUCUCCCUCUCCCCGUCUCCGGCCUCGGCUUCCUCUCCCGCACCUGGGCGCACGCACCUGCUGGGGCCGCUCCCGCUCCCUCCGCCCCGCUCCCCCUCCCUCCUUUCCCGCCGGGCCCGAAGGCUCGGGCCGGGCCGCGGGCGCCUCGCGGCUGCGUCACCGCCGCCCCCCAGACAAGAUGGACACCGCGGAGGAAGACAUAUGUAGGGUGUGUCGAUCAGAAGGAACACCUGAAAAACCUCUUUAUCAUCCUUGUGUAUGUACUGGCAGUAUUAAGUUUAUCCAUCAGGAAUGCUUAGUUCAGUGGCUGAAACAUAGUCGGAAAGAAUACUGUGAAUUAUGCAAGCACAGAUUUGCUUUUACACCAAUUUAUUCUCCAGAUAUGCCUUCACGGCUUCCAAUCCAAGAUAUAUUUGCUGGACUGGUUACAAGCAUUGGCACUGCAAUACGAUACUGGUUUCAUUAUACACUUGUUGCCUUUGCAUGGUUGGGAGUUGUUCCUCUUACAGCAUGCCGCAUCUACAAGUGCUUGUUUACUGGCUCCGUGAGCUCACUACUGACACUGCCACUAGACAUGUUGUCAACGGAAAAUCUGUUGGCGGAUUGUUUGCAGGGUUGUUUUGUGGUAACAUGCACACUGUGUGCGUUCAUCAGUCUGGUGUGGCUGCGAGAGCAGAUAGUCCACGGAGGAGCACCAAUCUGGCUAGAGCAUGCUGCCCCGCCUUUCAUCGCUGCUGGGCACCAUCAAAAUGAGGCUCCAGCAGGAGGAAAUGGUGCAGAAAAUGUGGCUGCUGAUCAGCCUGCUAACCCGCCAGCUGAGAAUGCAGUGGUUGGGGAGAACCCAGAAGCGCAGGAUGAUCAGGCAGAAGAGGAGGAGGAAGAUAAUGAGGAGGAGGAUGACGCAGGUGUGGAAGAUGCUGCCGAUGCUAACAAUGGAGCCCAAGAUGACAUGAACUGGAAUGCUUUAGAAUGGGACCGAGCUGCAGAGGAGCUUACAUGGGAAAGAAUGCUAGGACUUGAUGGGUCACUGGUUUUUCUGGAACAUGUCUUCUGGGUGGUGUCUUUAAAUACACUGUUCAUUCUUGUUUUUGCAUUUUGCCCUUAUCAUAUUGGUCACUUCUCCCUUGUUGGUUUGGGAUUUGAAGAACAUGUUCAGGCAUCUCACUUUGAAGGCUUAAUCACAACCAUAGUUGGAUAUAUACUCUUAGCAAUAACACUGAUAAUUUGUCAUGGUUUGGCAACGCUUGUGAAAUUUCAUAGAUCUCGUCGCUUGCUAGGAGUCUGCUAUAUUGUUGUUAAGGUCUCUUUGUUAGUGGUGGUAGAAAUUGGAGUGUUUCCUCUCAUUUGUGGCUGGUGGCUGGAUAUCUGUUCCUUGGAAAUGUUUGAUGCUACUUUAAAAGAUCGAGAACUGAGUUUUCAGUCAGCUCCAGGGACUACGAUGUUUCUACAUUGGCUAGUCGGGAUGGUGUAUGUGUUCUACUUUGCCUCCUUCAUUUUGUUACUGAGAGAGGUACUUCGACCUGGUGUUUUGUGGUUUCUAAGGAAUUUGAAUGAUCCAGAUUUUAACCCAGUACAAGAAAUGAUCCACUUACCUAUUUAUAGACAUCUCCGAAGAUUUAUUUUGUCAGUGAUUGUCUUUGGCUCCAUUGUACUCCUGAUGCUUUGGCUUCCUAUACGCAUAAUUAAGAGUCUACUGCCUAAUUUUCUUCCCUACAAUGUCAUGCUCUAUAGUGAUGCUCCAGUGAGUGAACUGUCCCUUGAGCUGCUUCUGCUUCAGGUUGUCUUGCCCGCGUUACUGGAGCAAGGACAUACGAGGCAGUGGCUGAAGGGGCUUGUGCGAGCGUGGACGGUUACUGCUGGGUACUUGCUGGAUCUUCAUUCCUAUUUAUUGGGAGACCAGGAAGAAAAUGAGAACAGUGCAAACCAACAAGUUAACAAUAACCAGCAUGCUCGAAAUAAUGCUAUUCCUGUGGUUGGGGAAGGCCUGCAUGCAGCCCACCAAGCCAUACUCCAGCAGGGCGGUCCCGUCGGCUUUCAGCCUUACCGCCGGCCUUUACAUUUUCCACUCAGGAUAUUUCUGUUGAUUGUCUUCAUGUGCAUAACAUUACUGAUUGCCAGCCUCAUCUGCCUUACUUUACCAGUAUUUGCUGGCCGUUGGUUAAUGUCAUUUUGGACGGGGACUGCCAAAAUCCAUGAGCUCUACACAGCUGCCUGCGGUCUUUACGUUUGUUGGCUAACCAUAAGGGCUGUGACAGUGCUGGUGGCAUGGAUGCCCCAGGGGCGCAGAGUGAUCUUCCAGAAGGUUAAAGAGUGGUCUCUCAUGAUAAUGAAGACUUUAAUAGUUGCGGUACUACUGGCUGGAGUUGUCCCACUCCUUUUGGGGCUCCUGUUUGAGCUGGUUAUUGUUGCUCCCCUGCGUGUACCUUUGGAUCAGACUCCUCUUUUUUAUCCAUGGCAGGACUGGGCACUCGGAGUCCUGCAUGCCAAAAUCAUUGCAGCGAUCACGCUGAUGGGGCCUCAGUGGUGGCUAAAAACUGUCAUUGAACAGGUCUAUGCAAACGGCAUCCGGAACAUUGACCUUCACUAUAUCAUUCGUAAACUGGCAGCUCCAGUGAUCUCUGUGCUCUUGCUUUCCCUCUGUGUACCUUAUGUCAUUGCUUCAGGCAUUGUCCCUCUACUAGGUGUUACUGCGGAAAUGCAAAACUUAGUCCACCGGCGGAUUUACCCAUUUUUACUCAUGGUUGUGGUCCUGAUGGGAAUCCUGUCCUUCCAGGUCCGCCAGUUUAAGCGCCUUUAUGAACACAUUAAAAAUGACAAAUACCUUGUUGGGCAGCGCCUGGUGAACUAUGAGCGGAAAUCUGGCAAGCAAGGCACAUCUGCGCCACCUCCACCGUCGUCCCAAGAAUAAAGUGGUUGUCUCACCUCCUUGACCUCCCCUUGCCUUUACGUGUCCUUUUUUGUGGACUUCUCACUUUGGAGAUUUUCCCCGUGAUCUCUCAGCAUUGUUUUUAAGUUAAAUGUACUUGACUUGUGUCCUCAGCAUUCAGAGAGCAGCUCUAAGCUCUGCUGCUCUUCCUGCAUCUGCCGCCAUCACUGCUGUCUGAGAUCUGUAUAUGUGUAAAUAGAAGCUCCCUGAUGCCCCGAAACCUUGGAUUAAACAGAAUGUGCAUUGUACAUCUUUAAACAAAAUGUAUAUUAAUUUAUUAAAUCUGGUUGUCACUUUACUUUGGACCUGCUGUGAUCUCGACAGGAAACAUGCCACAGAGCAGUUUGUGCACAGGCGAAACUUUCCACCAACGCCAUGGAGCGCAGUUGGUGGAGCGCAGUUCUAGCAACCCCAGUGAACUGUACGUUGUUCUGUCUUUCUCCACUAUUCUGACCUUACCAAGAACCUAAAAGGAAACAAGCAGAAAUGUACCACAGAGUGAGUGUCUGUGGUAACAGAAAAUGAACUUGGCGCUUCACUGGCAGUCGUUUUGAGGAAAUUAUUUUGUAUAACACCAAAGCUGUUGUACAUUUUCUACUGCCUGAUGUUUUUCAUGUGUCUGUGUUUGUAAUAUUGUAUAGUAUCUUGUGCUAGGUGAAAAGAUUGUUUUAAAUUUUGAUAAUUUAAUAUUCCUAAUGAUCAGCAUUGGGAGUUGGGUUUUGUGCUUGUUAGGGGCAUGUCUAUAACUUAGAAGAUAAAAAGGUACAAAUGGAGAUUUCCAUUAGUUUCCCUCCUCCUUCCAUGCAGCUUUUUUUGUUAGCAGCUGCCGAGAGGCAUGCACGAUCAUAAAUCUUAGAGUAACAUCACUGGCCACACCACUGACUAGAUGGAGGCAGUUCUCACAUGCUUAGGAAGUGUGCUGUGCUGUAGUCUUGGGUGACAGAAGUAGAGAAGUUGGGUUGGAGCCCGGCCCUGCUGGCUAGCGCAGCAGUGGCAGGGUAAAUAUUAGAGUCCAUUUCUUCAUUUGCAUCAGUGAAUCCCAAAGUUUCCACAGCUUUUUGUUUACAGAAUAAAAUUGCAAAUAAAAACCAAUUUUUAUUUCUCUAGAAGGAAACUUGCUGAGCUGGCCUUUUAACAUAGGAAUGUAUUCCAUUGAGACUGCUAUAAAAAUCUCAGAGAACUAAACACUAAAAUCUGGUUUGAAGUAUAGAGGACUGGAAUGAUUAGCACAUGAUCUAAGUAUUGAGUAAUCUAGUAAAGGAUAGUGUUGGUUUGUGAGUGACAACUUAAAGAGUUUUCAUGGACAAAUGAAUUUCCAUUAUAGUAUUAUAGGUUAAAAUCUGAAAAUCUUUUAAAAAAAUGUAUGUCAGCCAAACAUAAGCUACGAAGAUUAAGAGGGAAAUGUUAUUGUGGGCUUUUUAAAAAUAAUUUUUCCCUAAGCAUUAUAAGCAAACACUUUAAAAUAUAUUUUGAACGUCAGUAUAUGAGAAAGUGCUUGACAUAGGGGUCAGUGUUAACACCACUUUGCAGCAGCCUUUCUUUGCCUUUCUAGCAAGCCUGCCUUUAUUCAGCUGUGCAGUCCCACCGAGAACAGCAGCAGCCUUCUACAUAAGCUACAUAAGCUGUUCUCUUUAAAUAUUAGUGAUUUGCUUUUUGAAAUUGAAUUUUAAAGGCUUUCUAAGUCUUGAUAUAAAAUUGUUAGAAUGCAUUAACAGAGCUCUAGGCAGAUACUACAGGUUAAAAGUGGUUUAUUCUAUGAAGUUUUAAGUGACUCUUACUAGCUGCUACGUAUUUUACUGGCAGAUAGCUUUGUGUCGUCUUAGUGAGGAAUGUCCCUAGGUGUCGUGCUCUGUCUUACUGUUUUCAGAAAGAUGGGUCUUCUGGUGAGGAAAGCAUUCUUGGCCCACCUAACUCAAGUCUGCUCCGGCCACAUUCAGGCCUCAACACUACCCAGUAGUAAGUAUUUAAACCCCACGGUUCAGAAGGUGCUCAUAUUGGUGCCCUUCUCCACAUAGGACUUACAGCAUUUGCAGUGUCAUUCUGUUUCCUUUUACAUUAGGCUAAACCUGUCUUCAGGAGGUUUAUUUACUUGAAAAGAAGACCUCUUUGCUCUUUGUUUACUAUGUAGAAACCGAAGACAAAUCAACCUUUGGGCAGAGUUUCAUAGCUAGUUAUCAAAUGGUCAUGGUAUGAAGCAUGCAAUGCUUCAUCAUUAGGAAAUUGUGUUUGUUUUUUUAAACUAUAAAGUACUAACAGUUGAGAUGAAAAUGAGCAAAAUGCCAAUUGAAGUGUUUGUAUAGCUAGCCGUAAAGCCUCCAUGUUUUUAGGUCUUGAUUUUUAUUGUUUCCUGUUCUCUGGUGAAACAGAGGAGACAUCUUGAUUCCAGAUGUAAACUAGUUAUUUUUAUUUCAACACUUUAAUAGAACUGCUGUUACUGGAAUCUUUUUCUUUCCCUCACACACAUAACAGAAUAACUUUCUCUCCAAUGAAUGGUCCCAGAUAUGUCAUUUCUGUAGUGGAAAAAUACUAUUAAAGACUAAUUGCUGAAUU